CCCUACGAACUCUCCAGUUACUCCAAGCAACCUUUCCAGCCUUACAUCCUCUUCCCACUUUUCUCCCGGGCUUCCAUUCAAGCUCAAAAUAGUCAUCCGAAAAAUGGCAUCCGCAUUCAUGCAGCCCGGCUUCGGCGAAGCUCCAGGCUAUUCAUUUUCGCAAGCACCGACAGUAGCAGCUUCCGGCGCCCGAGAGCAUAGCUUCUACCCGUACACAGACAACGGUGGAUCAACGCUAGGUAUCACUGGACAAGACUUCGCCAUCUUGGCUGGCGACACUCGAUCAACUUCUGGCUACAACAUCAACACGCGAUACGCCCCGAAAGUAUUUCGGAUCGGAUCAGACGAUGAGAGUGGCGCUGGCGGACACAUUGUUCUGGCAGUCUGCGGAUUUGCUGCUGACGGAGAGGCGCUGAAGGAGCGACUGGACGCUAUGGUGAAGAUGUACCGCUACCAACACGGCAAGCCAAUGUCGGUCAAGGCAUGUGCGCAGCGUCUUGCCACGAUUCUAUACCAGAAGCGAUUUUUCCCUUACUAUGUGCAUGCCAUUCUCGGCGGCUUGGACGAGGAGGGCAAGGGUGCUCUAUACAGCUACGACCCCGUCGGAUCGUACGAGCGGGAACAGUGCCGAGCGGCAGGUGCGGCCGCGAGCUUGAUCAUGCCCUUCUUGGACAAUCAAGUCAACUUCAAGAACCAGUUUGUUCCGGGAUCGGGCGUCGGCCAUUUCCUUGAGGCGCGGGAACCGCUACCUCUGCCGAGAAAAGACGUCGAAGAGCUGGUGCGGGAUGCAUUCUCCAGCGCAGUGGAGAGACAUAUUGAAGUCGGUGAUGGCUUGCAGAUGAUGGUCAUUACCAAGGACGGUGUGGAGGAGAUCUAUCAUCCAUUGAAGCGGGAUUAGAAGCGCGAUAUUCGGCUGAACACAUUUCGUAUCCUUUGUUCUCGCGGAAGAUAGUAUUUGUACUCAGGUUUAUUAAGGGUUUAUAUUCAAUGCAUGAUCACGUUUACUACGAUUAAAUGAAACUUCAACUUGUAUGGAAGGAACGGAAGUGGAGCUGUAUUUUUGUGAAGAAGAACGCCCUGCCUCAUUUCAUAGCUGUCGUAGAAAACGCCAUCGAUUCUGCUUGUAUUAUUUCCGUGAUAUGGUUGCCAUGUGC